AUGCCCACGUACCCAUCCGAGCAAUUUCGUCCGGGCCAACCGACGCCUGCUCCUCGCCCACAGCGUCCAAGGCCGUCUCUGAAGGGACACCCGGACAUUCGGUCGACAAAGGAGUAUAAGCUUGCUGCGCGGAGAUGGACAUCGACUAUUGUCGCUUUACCGUUUCUCAUGUAUACAUCUUACAUUCUCUAUGAGCGGACCUACGGCGAUAAAAGCCAGAAACACUUCAUUCCUCCGAAGAAAGAGCAGGAACAGCCUGAGCCUUCUUCCAGCCCCUCCCCAGCCUCGUGA